AUGGACAAGAAACAAACCUCCCCAGAGCUCUCGCAGGCUGAGCUUCUGCCAACCCAAGAAGAGCAAGUUCCAGCAAAUCCGCCGUCACGAAAACGGCAGCUAGAUAGCGACGACGACGCCGAACCACGGGCAAAGCGAGCGCGGACAACACGUCCGACCUCGGAGCCAGCACCAUUGACGCGGCAGAACUUGGCCCUCUUCAACAAGAUGGGCAAGAAGAAGUCCUCAGACCCCUCGGACGACUCGGGGUCGACGAAGACUCUCUCGACAACGGCGUCCGGAUUCGACAUCCAAGCCUACAAGAAUGGCAUCCUCGAGCCCUCUAGAUCUAGGCCUCCUAAUAACCUCAAGGUCAUCCACAACGACUCGCUAGGACCCGUGAGACCGCAUCGCCUCCCGAGUCGGUAUACGAGGAAUACGUCGAGGUAG